AUGACAAAAUUAGCGACAGCAAUAUUAUAUUCUACUUAUGGAAGAAAUUUAGGAAAUUUUUUAUUUAACACAUUUUUAUUUUUUGCCAGUUAUCUAAAUUUGGUUUGUCUUAUGUUGAAAAAGAUAUCUUGGCUGUUCAACGUUACGGGCUACAGAGAAUUGUAUAGCUUAUAUAAUAUCAAACACAAAUGUAUGAAAGAAUUUGCUAAAGAAAAAAAGAAUAUACAACUUUUAAAUAUUGCCAGUAUACAUGAUUUGGAUAUUUUAAAUAAUUCUAUACGUGGAACGGAAACCGAAAUUAACGAACGACUCUCAACAGAUAUUGAGGAUUUUUAUAAUGACGAAUAUAACUUUGAUUUCAUUGAUAUGGUUCAAGAUGACUUUGAUGAAUAA